AUUAGUUUGAGUGCUAAAAUAUGAUGUUUCAAAUGGUGUUUGUUUCCAUUGAGACACACCGUAAUUUCACACCGGAGAAUCUCUGCUUCUUCUAACAAGGAGAGUUUAAAAGAAGAGAGCAAAUGGUGAUGGGUCCCUAUUUUAUGGAGAUUAGGACCAAAAAGACUUUGAUUGGUCUUGGUUUGGGACAGCUUCGCUCACUUCUUUCUACUUCUAAUGGUUUUACAUCUUCUGAGCUCGCCAGAAAAGAUCCUCUAGCUUCACUCUACUUAUAUCAGCUUUACUGCGUCUGAGUUCGCCAGAAAAGUUAAAGUUUGGUUUCACGGGAUUGUUGGAUUGAAGGAAGAAACCAGUUAUGGUGUGUUUCAGUUUCAAUGAGAUGAAUGCGAAGAAGACUCUGAUUGGACUUGGAUUAGGACAGAUCAUCUCGCUUCUCUCUACAUUUCUUUCGUUUGCAGCGUCUGAGGUUACCAGAAAAGGGAUAAAUGCUCCAACAACACAGUCGUUCAUGGGUUAUCUUUCACUUGCAAUCGUCUAUGGAGGUAUCAUGCUGUAUCGAAGACCCGGAAUUAAAGUGAAGUGGUAUCACUGUUUACUCCUUGCUUUUGUUGAUGUGGAGGGAAACUUUCUCGUGGUGAAGGCUUAUCAGUACACAUCACUGACAAGUGUCAUGCUACUGGACUGCUGGGCGAUCCCUUGCGUUAUGGUCUUGACUUGGGUUUUCUUGAAAACAAAAUACAGAAUGAUGAAGAUCAGUGGCGUUGUCAUCUGUUUUCUUGGUGUUGUCAUGGUAGUCUUCUCAGACGUCCAUGCAGGGGAUCGAGCUGGUGGAAGUAAUCCUGUUAAAGGAGAUCUUCUUGUUUUAGCUGGAACAACCUUGUCUGCUGCCUGUGAUGUCGGUGAGGAGUUCUUUGUGAAGAAUGGAGACAUGAUUGAACUAUUAGCCUUUUUGGGAACUUUUGGCACAAUUGUUGCUGCGGUACAGAUAAGCAUAUUGGAACGUGGUGUGCUCAAAGAGAUUCACUGGUCAACUGAGACGAUUUUACUUUACCUUGGAGUCGCUCUUGCGUUAUUUCUCCUUUAUUCAUUAGUCGCAGUCUUAAUUCAGACCAAUGGAGCAACAAUGUUCAACCUCUCGUAUCUCACAUCAGACAUGUGGGCUGUUUUGAUCCGCACUUUUGGUUACCACGAGAAGGUUGAUUGGCUCUAUUUCUUGGCAUUUGCUACUACAGCUAUUGGACUGAUCAUAUACUCAAUGAAAGAGAAAGAUGAAGAGGAACAAAGAAUGUUUCUCGAUGAGGAGGAUGGUGAGUCACUUCGCACCAGACUUAUAGUUGCUUCCACCUGAAACCUAACUCUGUACCUAUAGCUAAUCAAAGCCCUCAGGUUUUUAUGUAUCUAUGUCAUUGGCUGUGACAAACUAUUUGGGUGGAGACAAGUUUGUAUAUUUCUCUCCCAUAAUUUGGUAAUUGUAAAGAAAAUUAUGGCUUUAAGUAUUUGAUGCAGAUUAAUAGACUAAUAGUAAUAUGAUGUUUCAAAUGGUCUUUG